AUGAGUCCCAUUCAGCAGCUUCAGUCAGCCCGGGCGCUCGCGUUAGGCGACGGUAGAUACUACCCUACCAUUAUACCGGGUGUACUGCCCAUUAUAAGCUUCAGUGCAGAGCAAAGCCUCGAGGUGCAGCGAUGGGGCGCCGAUUUCCUGGCUGAGGCUUUCGCGUCGCCAGCAUGGCCGUCAGACGUGAAGGAGAACAGUGCGCCCACAGUGCUGGCUACGCUGAAGGAUUACCUCGAGAACGUGGGCGACUUGAGCGUCGUCAAGAGUUCCGUUCAAGCGGCUGCAAGCGUGUACCCGCUUGUCUACAGACAUACUGUCCACAACGCCAACGAUGCCACAAACUGGCAACUCAUGUCGGCUAUCAAAGCAAACAUCCUGCGACGAAUGGACUCAGCUCCACCGGGUGUACGCAUGUGCUGUAUCAAGUUCCUACAACAGGUUGUCUUGGUACAGACACCAGGGGUGGUCGAUCCAAGACGGCCUGACCACAGUGAUAUCUCCCUCGCCCUCGUGCCCCGCGAUCAUCCCCUCAUACCGUAUGUAAGCCUCGAGGCAGAAGGACAUGGGUUGCUCGAUCGUUUGUUGGAUAUCAUACACGGAGAUCACAGUGAUGGCUUGCUUGUCACGGCAACGCUCAACACGCUAGGCGUGCUGAUGCACAGACGACCAAUCGCUGGCAACAAGAUACUGACAAGCAUCUUUAACUUCAACCCGUUGAAGCUCGCCAACUCUUCUCUGACGCCCAAAAACAAGGUUAUAAUGAAGUCGAUUGAGCGCACAACAAGAUCGCUGCUCAUGAAUAUCAUGAAGAGGGACCCUCAGAACCCCAUCAACGGCAGGAUACAGCAAUUCCUUGAACGUAUGCACCGCAUGCGUGUUGAGAUGGCUGAUGAGGUCAACCGUAAGCGACCGGCUCCCAGUGAGCCUACCGAUGGCCUCGAUCAAGCCAAAAGGCAGCGGGUUACUACCAGUGCCCCUGCUGCUGUGACCCGAAAUAAUAUGCCUGUUGCACCGCCGCUGCCGGCAGGCCCCAUCAGCUGGCGGCAGUUGUUCACACUAAACCCUGAGGGUAGUACGGUCAACUUUGAUGUGCAAGCUUUCCGAGACCCAGAGCAGUUGGUGAGGAUAUUGGUACCUGUGCUACAAUCUGUCGACCAAGUCAAGCUGGGCCACGCUAUGAACAUUGUCCGCUCUCGAUACUUGAGUCUGAGUCAAGCUGCCCGCAAGGCUCAGCCGGCAGCCUCUGCAGCGGAAGACGAGGAAGAGUACGAGCCUGACUUUGAGCCUGAAGACGCGGAACAAAUCAACAACAAGCUUGAUGGUCUUCCGCCCACCGACCUGGCGUUUCAGUCAGGUCCAUCAACAGCACUUGCACCGUACAAACUUCCCGAAGCACCACUGUUGACGGAACAGGAAGUCCAAAAGUACGGCGCUAUGACAGUCAACCGAGCAUUCGGCAUGCUUAGCAGCGUUGAUGAUACACAGAAGAGCAAAGUUGCCAAGGGUGGCUUCAACAGGCUAGCGGCAAGCGACUACGGUCGCGACGCCUGGGUGACAAUCCUCUCGCGGUUAGCUACACGAUCCAGCGCCGGUCUUGAAGAUCCACGAGAAGGCAUUAAGGACGAGCAUGCCGUCAGUAACUCGAAGGGAAGCCUUAAAAUCAGCGAAGCCGUUCGAGACGGCAUGUACAACUACAUUAUCUCGGACUGGAAGAAGCGCAUCGACGUUGCAACCUUAUGGCUCAACGAAGAGUGGUACAACGACACUGUACUAGCACAGUCGAAAGAUGUCGUCACCAACGGCACUGCCAACGGCGACACUUUCACAUCUGUACUCAAUGCGCCAAACGGUAACUACCAACGGUGCGCACUUCGCCUCAUCGACGGCAUCUUGCCAUACGUCGAACACACCGACAAAAUUAUCAUGCGUUUCUUGUCUGAGGUGCCCGCACUCAACUACGAGAUCCUGGUUCGACUGAAGAAGAUGGCCAAAGACCCAGAGCGUAUCGACCUCGCAUGCAGUGCGCUACACUACCUGUACAUGUUCAGGCCGCCGGUCAGGGACAUCGUAGUCAACGUCCUCACUGAAAUCUAUCAGUCGAACGAUCGCGCAAGACCGAGUGCGAAGAAAUUGCUUGCUAGGUGGAAACCGGAGAUUCUGGCUGAGGAGGAUGCACCGCCAGUCAAGACAGAGGAAGGGCAGAUUGCGAAGGACAGUGGAAAUGGCGCGUUGGAGGUCAAAGCUGCUUCAUAA